AUGUGGCCCUACCUCCGUCUGCGGGAGGCGGAAGUCCUGCAGCGCCGGAAGGCGUACAAGCAUUCAUUUCUUGCUGAGUUCUUCGAGUCCAAUGGCUUGCCAAAUCCAAUUGCAGAUCGCAUAUGGGCCAGUCCUGAUAGUGAGCGCCAGAUCGUUGUGAUAUUAAGAUUUGUCAUGACAAGACUUUGGUUCGCGCUGUCGCUCGGAACGUACAAUGGCAAGAACGAUUCUCGGUUGUGGCUAUGCGGUACUGUCGUCGAUGCUCAAGAGGUCAUCAAGGGCGAGAUCUGGAGUGUUACAGUCUUGUCUCGACCGUCCGAUGGAGUAGUCCCACAGAAGGUAUCUUUCCAUGUUCUGGAGGCGACAUGCGAAGUUGUAGGGCAUACGCUACCUAAAGACGACCCUGCUGCAAGAGUCAUUGACAGCGUCGUCCCUCUGCGUGCUGACUGGUCAGCAUAUAUCUCAGAAUGCCUGACGUAUCCGGAUGGUCGUCCGGACGACUCCCUCCUCUCGCAUAUCAGAUGGACAAAUCAUGAAGAGUACACACGCGGCGUCAGCAAGCUCUGGCAGGCGCGUAUUGCACGGGAAGGCGAUCUCGGUGCUGCGAAACGUGUCGUGGCGGAGCGUUAUGUCUUGGCGUGUGUGGUUGGCAAUAGUGUUAGUGGACAAUGGAUGUCAGCGGCGGAGAUGGCCCAAGACUUUGCCGGGCUCCCUACGCGAGUUCCUCCGGGGAAUACGAAGUCUAAGACACAACUUGUCAAUUUAUAUUUGCCAGAACACCACCACGUCGAGAGCGUGCACUUCACCACUUCGGACGGCCAGCCAUUACAUGCUGCACUAGCAGUCGUUCAGACACCUCACAGGGAGUACGUCAUUUUGCGGGAUAACGGUAUGCAGGUCGGAUGCGAGGAGGAUGGUGUCGCGCCGGUGUGGCAGCAGGUUCUGAAGUGCAAUCAGCUGGGCCUCUAA